GCCUCUAUUAAAUUUCUCUCUCUUUAUGUUCCUCUUAUUAUUUUUUUAUAAAUAAAUAUUUUUCCUACAUUAUUAAAUUUCUCCUAACUAGACAUCCUCUGCAUAGUAUAUAUAAGGCCUAGAGAAUAAUAAUACAGUACUAUUACAAAGAGAACUAUAUUUCUUAUAGAACCAAAAUUAUCCAAAAUCAAAUUUCAAUGGCUUCUUGGAAGAAGACAAUUACAUCCCCAUUCAAGAAAGCUUGCACUUUCUUUAACCAGCAACCACCAAGGGAUCAUAAGAAAUCUCAAAUAGAACAAGAUCAGAACCGUGGAAUGGAUCUACAUGGUGAAGUCAUGGCAUGCGGUUAUGAAGAUGUUCAUGUUAUGUGGUCUAUACUUGAUAAAUCCAAAUCAACAGCUUGUAAUAUAACUUCUUCAUAACAUUCUUUUUCAUCUAUCAACAACAACAAAAUUAAAAAGUAUAUAUAUUUGGAAAGUAAAAAAAUAAAUAAAAAAGCUAGGUGUUUGAUAGGUAGUAGUGCCCCUUCAUGAUGGUGGUGGAAGUUUCACUUUGUAAUUUUUGCUAGUGGUGAUGAUCAUGGUGUUAUUAUUAGGGAAUCCACAUGAUGAUUAAUAUGUGCAAAUCAUGGUGAGAUAUAUAUAUUCUUUUUGUGAAAUGUAGACUCUUUUCUCUAUCUACUCUGUUUUUCA